CCUCACAACUAUAUGAACAUGAGAACUUGUCCAUUAUUGUACACAGACGUGGUGAAGACUGAAGAGUAAACCAGGUCACUGAGGAGAUAUACGCCGCCUUGGGAAGAGUGUGAUAUCUGCAUGUUGGUAAGGAGAAAGUCAGCUUGGUCAGUAGAGAUGUUGGCAGUGCUGGUGGUAUUGGUGGCGUUGGUCCCCACUUGGAGUGACGGACUCUUGCUGACAAAGUGCGAUCUGAAGUCUCAGCUUGAGGCAGCCUUGUCUAAUCUGCAAGUAGAGAAUGCUGCAGACAUUAUUGCUAAAUUGGCCUGCACAGUAGAAAACAUUUCUGGGUUCAACACCAAUCUUGUAAACAACAUUGACCAAUUCGACCCCGGAACCCUGAUCAUAGCUCCUUUUCUAGAUUUUAAUGAUGAAGAUUACCCUUCUGGAAUGGGAGAAUUGCCCUUAACAACAAAUACUGUGAGCAACGACUAUGGAUUUCCUGAAAGCACAGAGGGGACUGAAGAGCCUUCAACUCCUCUACAAGUAGUGGGUGAAGACAAGUUCACUCUUGGACAAGAUGAAGAAAGUGUUGAUGUCGAUGCGCAAGCCAGGAAGCAAAGGGAAGCUCCAUCUGAGGAUGAAGGCGAUGGCUCUGGAGCAGCAUUGAUUGACGAUGGAGACAUUUUACACGCAACAGUCGAAUCUCACAGAUUGCCUGACCCCACAGAUGUAGAUAAUGAAACCUAUGAAAUGCUAUUUGGUCCCAGAGAUUUACCACCAGACAGCACAGCAGAGCCCAAUGAUAUACCGUAUGAUGAUUAUGAAACGCUAUUUGGUCCCAAAGGUUUACCACCAGACAGCACAGCAGAGCCCAAAGAUAUACAGUAUGAUGAUUAUGAAACGCUAUUUGGUCCCAAAGGUUUACCACCAGACAGCUCAUCUGAGCCCAAUGAUAUACAGUAUGAUGAUUAUGAAACGCUAUUUGGUCCCACAGAUUUACCACCAGACAGCACAGCAGAGCCCAAAGAUAUACCGUAUGAUGAUUAUGAAACGCUAUUUGGUCUCAAAGGUUUACCACCAGACAGCUCAUCUGAGCCCAAAGAUAUACCGUAUGAUGAUUAUGAAACGCUAUUUGGUCCCACAGAUUUACCACCAGACAGCACAGCAGAGCCCAAUGAUAUACCGUAUGAUGAUUAUGAAACGCUAUUUGGUCCCAAAGGUUUACCACCAGACAGCUCAUCUGAGCCCAAUGAUAUACCGUAUGAUGAUUAUGAAACGCUAUUUGGUCCCACAGAUUUACCACCAGACAGCUCAUCUGAGCCCAAAGAUAUACCGUAUGAUGAUUAUGAAACGCUAUUUGGUCCCACAGAUUUACCACCAGACAGCACAGCAGAGCCCAAUGAUAUACCGUAUGAUGAUUAUGAAACGCUAUUUGGUCUCAAAGGUUUACCACCAGACAGCACAGCAGAGCCCAAAGAUAUACCGUAUGAUGAUUAUGAAACGCUAUUUGGUCCCAAAGGUUUACCACCAGACAGCACAGCAGAGCCCAAAGAUAUACCGUAUGAUGAUUAUGAAACGCUAUUUGGUCCCAAAGGUUUACCACCAGACAGCACAGCAGAGCCCAAAGAUCCCUUGGAUAUACCACUGAAUACCACAGGACCUCUUGAGACUGAAACUAAGAAAAGAUCUAAACGUAGCUCUGAAGACCAGACUCUACUUUAUGGAAUCUUCCAGCUGAGUGAUGUAACAUGCAAUUCAGGAUCAAGCUACAGUCUGGAUCUUUGUCAACUGAACUGUAGUGCUCUGACUGAUGAUGACAUCACUGAUGACAUUGCUUGCUUGAUGGGUUUGGGUGAGAAAAUGGUGCGGAUGAUGUUCCUACAGGAGUGUCUGUCAGUGGAGCCCUCAGACUACUUUGCAGAGUGUGGCUGAAAUGGCCAGAUCAUAUUGUACGGGACUCAAAUGUUAUUCUGACUUUAUUUCUAUGUACUCACACAAUCACACUUAGGGUACGUUCAGUAACCGCUUAUCAUGUUUUUUGUCAUGUACUCCAAUCAUAGCUAACGCUACUUCAAAAGAUUUCUGUCCUGUUUAUUAAUCAGUUCCUUCUCACUGGGAGUCGUGUACAGCUUUAUUAUUGCUUCAGGACAGCAAGGGUUCUAGUUUCUUUUUAUAUUAAGAAUGGUUGUGUUGAGUAAUGGGUUGUGGUGAGGUAUUCAAGAAUGUAUAUUACAAUUUCCUGAAUUUUUAAUAUGCAUUUAAUAAAAAAUGUUGUGCCUA